GGCAAAGAAAAUGCGGCGCUGUUGGCACUUGGCAGUGGCAGGGAUUUGUCUGAUUUUGUCACAGACUCACCAUUCGCCACAUGUACCAGAGUUCUCUCUCAUUUAAAUCGUGAAAUUUAAUAUAGUUUUAUGAUUCCGUAGACAAUUAUUUCUUUAUCGAGAGAAUGAAGUGCCCCAUAUUUUUCACGGUAAUUUUGGCUGUGUUGGCUUCUGCCUUCGCAGAAGAAGAAGUACCAGAACCAGAAGGAGCAAGAUUGCUGAUCGCCAAACACAUUCAUAAUAAAUAUCUUGUGGAAAACAUGGAUGUUGUUGUUAAGUACACUGUUUACAACGUCGGCAACGAGGCCGCCCUGGAGGUUGAAAUCACCGACAACUCUUUCCCUGCUGACAAUUUCGUCCACGUGAGUGGAGAAUUGAACGCCAGAAUUGACCGAGUUCCUCCCAACACCAAUGUCACUCACACAGUCAUCGUCAAACCGAAAAAAUACGGUUAUUUCAACUUUACCUCGGCUGAAGUUCUCUAUCGUCGUAAAGAAGAUGCCCCCAGGUUACAAGUUGCAGUGAGCAGCGAGCCCGGAUUGGCUUAUUUUAUCGCUUACCGUGAAUUCGACAAAAAGUUCUCUUCCCACGUGAUCGACUGGGCUGCCUUUGCAGUUAUGACUCUUCCAUCUCUGGCAAUUCCUUUCGGGCUCUGGUACUCGAGUAAAAGGAAAUACGAGAAAUUGUCAAAGAGCUUAAAGAAACACUGAACACUCAUUGUACAAAGUAAAAAAAAAAAUAUAUAUAAAAUCCUCACUUCCA